AUGAAAAUGAUGAUCAGGAUUAAACAUUCCAAAACCUCCAGACUUACUACAGCCGUACCGAGAUUUUGGAAAUCAUCAAGUAACUCGAAAGACCUUGUGGAAGUGGCCAGCGGUGUAGAAGAAGAUGAAUUAGAGGCUCUGACACCAGUUUUAGGCAGCCUCCCUUCAACCCUUGAAACUCCACAGACUGUAGAGAACUCCUUGCUAGUGCAGAAAUUAGAAGAUAAAAUUAGUUUAUUCAAUAGUGAGAAAUGGUCUUUGAUGGAACAAAUCAGAAGACUUGAAAGUGAAAUGGACUUCCUCAAAAAUGAACACUUUGCCAGCCCUGUAGUUUGUGACUCUGUUCAGCCUUCUUUGGAUCAGUCUCCCCACAAAGACUCUGAAGACAGUGGAAAGAAAUCAGUUAUAAAUAGUUUCAACAAGGGAGAAAACAAGGACGUCCAUCUUUCAAAAUCAGAUGAAGUUGAUUCCACUGUUCCUAAAGAGAAUUUCCCACAUUCUUUCCUCAGGAGAGAAAGAGACGGAAUACCAUCUUCUUCUCCAUCAAGUAAAAAUAGAGUCCAUUUUGAUAAACCCAAUAGUGUUUUCUUCUUGGAAGUUGUCUCCUGCUUUCCUUCAAGCACUACUCUCUGUCGAAUGUCAGCAGAUAGUCGUUUAAGAUCAGAGGUGUCUUGGAUUGCAGACAGUGAGACGAGCAUCAUGCUAAUGCUGGGACGCUGCCUGCCGCACAUCGUCCCUAACGUGCUGUUGGCCAAGAGAGAGGAGUUGAUCCCCCUCAUAUUGUGUACAGCCUGCCUGCAUCCUGAGCCUAAGGAGAGAGACCAGCUUCUCCACAUACUUUUCAAUUUGAUCAAGAGGCCAGGUGAUGAGCAGAGGCAAAUGAUACUGCUGGGCUGUGUGGCAUUUGCACGUCAUGUUGGACCCACACGUGUUGAAGCUGAACUUUUACCACAAUGUUGGGAACAGAUUAAUCACAAAUACCCAGAAAGAAGAUUGCUUGUGGCAGAAUCUUGUGGCGUGCUGGCACCUUACCUUCCUAAAGAGAUCCGUAGCUCCUUGGUUCUUUCAGUGUUGCAACAAAUGUUAAUGGAAGAUAAGGCAGAUUUGGUAAGAGAAGCUGUGAUCAAAAGCCUUGGUAUCAUUAUGGGAUACAUUGAUGACCCAGACAGAUAUCAGCAGGGUUUUGAACUGUUGCUGUCAGCCUUGUGUGAUCCCUCAGAAAGAGUAAUUAGUGCCACACAUCAAGUAUUUUUACCAGCCACUGCUGCCUGGACUACAAAACUUGGUAAUUUACAGUCUAACCUUAUACCCAAAUUGCUGAACAAGAUUGAAAAACUUCUCAGGGAAGGCGAGCACAGGCUGAAUGAACAUAAGCUCCACAUGUUUCUGUCUGCCUUGCAGUCCUUGAUCCCAUCUCUCUUUGCAUUAGUGCUACCGAAUGCACCCUUCUCCAGCAAAGCCAAGCUUCAUGGUGACGUGCCACAGAUAGAAGUGACUAGGUUCCCUCGGCCUAUGUCACCUCUUCAGGAUGUAUCACUAUUAUUGGAAGUCGUGAGCAACUGGCACUGCUACUACAGCUUUAUGACUACCAGCUGGAACACGAGGGUACAACCGGCUGAGAGAGUUUACUAUGGGUUGUCAGUCAGUUGUAAAACCUCAGUUCCAGGAGAUUUUAAGGCUGUCUGA